GAGCUGUGUUUGGGGGUCACAGGCGGGUUUUGGGGGGUGCAGUCUGUCCCAGAGUGACAGCAAUGAGGACAGGGGACACUGAGCUCCGUUUGGGUGACGCAGGGCAGGGGCCAGGCCUGGCUGCCCCCCCAGACACCCCGGCUCUCUCCUCCCUGAUGCGGGGGCAGCACCUUCCUCCUCCUCCUCCUCCUUUUCUUCCUCCUCCUCCUCCUCCUCCUGCUGCCGCCGCUCCUGCUCAGCUCCUCUCCCCAGCGGCCCCGCGGAGGCUCCCAUGGGGCGCCCAGGUGGGUGCUGGGGGGCACAGCCGGGGCUGGGGGUGCAUUUCUGGGGGGGUUCAAAGCCCCCCCUGGUGCGAGCGUGUCCCCGGCAGGUCCCCUCAACCUGACCUGCGUGUCCUACAAGCACCCGAGCGUGCGGGGCGCGCUGGGGGGCGCGGGGGGGGCGGCGGCCGGCGCCGUGCGCUGCCCCCCCGGGCAGUGCUGCGUCGGCAUCUGGAACCGCAGCCACGCUCUGGUGCAGGGCUGCUGGGGAGGCCGGGGGGACGCCUGUCCCUCGGCCACGUGCGCGCCCAGCCCCGCGGGACACCCCGGCAGCUCCGUGCUGCUGUGCCUGUGCCACGGCCACCUCUGCAACGGCAACGCCACCGGGACAGCGGCGGGGACCGGCACGGCCGGGGGGCUGGGGGGGCCCCGCCAGGGCCCAGGUACGGGGCCCGGGGGACUGGGGAAGCCAUAGGAUCCCCUAAAGUGUCCCCACCACACUGGGGGUCGGGGGGCUCCGUGUCACCUCAGUCUCUGUCCCCAGUGCCCGGCCGGGGAGGGUCCGCGGGGACCCUGUGGCUGCUGGGUGCCAGCCCCCUCUUCCUCAUCCUCCUCACCUGUCUGGGCGUCCUCGGACUGCGCUGGACAAGGGCCCGCACGGGGCAGCCACCGCGGGGGGGGCGGAGAAUCGGGGUCCCCCCGGAGCCCCCCAGCCCGGACCUGCCUGCGCUGCACUUCCUGCAGGUGCUGCAGUCGGGGCGCUUCUCGGCCGUGUGGCGGGGCACGCUGCGCCAGCGGCCCGUGGCCAUCAAGGCGUUCGCGGCCGGGGCCGGCCGGAGGUUCGCGGCCGAGCGCGCCGUGCACUCGCUGCCGCUGAUGGAGCACGAGAACGUGGCCAGGCUGCUGCACACCAGCGCGGCCGGGCCCCGCGGCCGGGGGGGGCUCCUGGUGCUGCAGCUCUACCCAGCCGGCUCCCUGCGCCACUUCCUGGGCCAGCACGUGGGGACGUGGGCGGGCAGCGUGCGCCUGGCGCUGUCCCUGGCCCGCGGGCUGGCCUUCCUGCACCAGGAGCUGUGGCGUGACGGGCUGUACAAGCCCAGCGUGGUGCACCGGGACCUGAGCAGCCAGAACGUGCUGGUGCGGGAGGACGGCACCUGCGCCAUCGGCGACUUCGGGCUGGCGCUGGCGCUGCCACCGCGCGCCCAGGACAGCGCCGGCUCCCGGCACGCCGUGGCCAUCCGGAAGGCGGGCACCCAGCGGUACCUGGCACCCGAGAUCCUGGACGAGAGCCUGGACCUGCGGGCCUGGGGCCGGGCGCUGCGCCAGGCCGACGUCUACGCGCUGGCCCUGCUGCUCUGGGAGAUCCUGUCCCGCUGCCAGGCCCUGAGCCCCGGAGCGCCGGUGCCGCCGUUCCGGCUGGCCUACGAGGCCGAGCUGGGCUCCAGCCCCAGCGGGGCUCAGCUGCGGCGCCUGGCCGCGGACGAGAGGCGGCGGCCGCUGAUCCCCCCCGCCUGGCACCGCGCCCCCCAGCCCGGGGGGGCUCUGCCGGAGCUGCUGGAGGAUUGCUGGGACCCGGACCCCGAGGCGCGGCUCUCGGCCGAGCGGGCGCUGCAGCGGCUCCAGCGCUUGGCCGCGGGGCCCGCACCGGCCCCGGGGGACCCCGGCCCGGGGAGCGCCCCCCGCCAGGUCCUGGAGUCUCCCAGCAUGUGGAACCCUGGUGCAGGUACAGGGGGACACCCCAAACUGGGGGGGCUGCCUUGACCCCCUGGGGUCAGACUCCCCCCCAAUCUCCUCUUUUCUUCCCC